GGCUUUCGCUUUUCUCCGGCAGGUGGUGAACAUCAUGGGCGUUUCUAUCGGAACCGGUUUGUCCUGUACUUGUGAUACCCUCAUAUCUCAGACGUUUGGGAGCGGGAACCUGAAGCGGGUGGGGGUGAUCCUCCAGAGGGGGGUGCUGAUCCUGCUGCUGGCCUGCUUCCCCUGCUGGGCCGUGCUCAUCAACACCGAGCCCCUGCUGCUGGCCGCCCGGCAGAGCCCCGAGGUCGCCAGGUCUGGAUGAUGUACGUCAACAUCUUCAUGCCAUCCCUGCCGGCUUCUUUCAUGUACCAGCUCCAGGGCCGGUAUCUCCAAAACCAGGGGAUCAUUUGGCCCCAGGUAAUAACGGGAGCCAUCGGAAACCUCCUCAACGCCGCCAUUAACUACGUCUUCCUCUACUGUCUGGAUCUGGGUGUUGCGGGGUCCGCAGCAGCUAAUGCUAUUUCCCAGUAUUUGCUGGCUGUGUUCCUGUUUGUGUACAUCUGCCUGAAGGGUCUCCACAAGGCCACCUGGGCAGGCUGGUCCCUGGACUGCCUGCAGGAGUGGGGCCCGUUCGUCCAGCUGGCCAUCCCCAGCAUGCUGAUGCUCUGCCUGGAGUGGUGGAUGUUCGAGGUGGGGGGCUUCCUGGCCGGGGUGAUCAGCGAGGCCGAGCUGGGGGCGCAGUCCAUCAUAUACGAGCUGGCCGUCAUCGCCUACAUGUCUCCCUUGGGGUUCUCUGCUGCUGCCAGCGUCCGGGUGGGGAACGCCCUCGGGGCGGGAAACAUCGAGCAGGCCAAGCUGUCCUGCAAAGUGCCCAUCGUCUGCGCAUUCAUAAUCGCCUGUUUUGUCGGUGCGAUUCUCGCGGCCUGCAGGAACGUCAUCGGAUACAUUUUCACCACAGAGGAGGACAUUUUACGGAGGGUCUCUGACGUGAUGAUCAUCUUCGCGUUCACACAUCUGGCCGACGCCGUGGCGGGCGUGACCGGGGGGGUCCUCCGCGGGGCGGGGAAGCAGCUGGUGGGGGCCCUCUGCAACCUGGUGGGCUACUACUUCAUCGGCUUCCCCAUCGGCGUGUCGCUGAUGUUCGCGGCGGGCAUGGGCAUCGUGGGGCUGUGGACCGGCCUCACCGUCUGCGUGCUCAUGCAGUCCGUCUUCUUCAUCCUGUUCCUGUGGAAGCUGGACUGGAAGAAGGCGGCGGAGGAGGCCCGGGUCAGAGCCGGGGUGCAGACCAAAGACGAGAAGGAGGCCAACCCGCCCGGGGCGGCGGCGUCUGGCCGGGACGAGGAGGCCCAGGCGCCCCCGGAGGGCCCGGUGCCGGAGGCGGGCCGCUCCACCACGGUGGGGGCCGUCCUGCCCGUGCGGCAGCUGCUGCUCCGGCGGGGGCUCACGCUGAUGGUCAUGCUGCUGGUCCUGGCCGGGGGGGUCCUGGCCUCCAGCUUCCUCACCAGCCUGCUGAAGUGA